CGGUAAGUAUUACGUGAACGAAACGAGAAAGCGCAUUUCUCCGGCGAGUCUCGAAACGGAGAGUGGUCAGUUGGUAUAUAUGCUUUCUUUCGAGGCGACAGAAAAAUCAUUGCGCUUCAUCGAAGAGAGGACGAAGUAAUGACAUCCCGUGCACCGAGAAGAAAGAGGAACCAACGUUUCGUGAAUCAUAAUCGUACAAAAUGAGGAUUCUAUUGCUGUUCAUCGCCAUCAUCGCAUCGGGCCACAGUGCUCAGGACUUUCUGGAUCUAGUCAAAAAUUACGCACAUGUAGUUAGACAAGAGAUCGAAUUUCCCAAGUACGACUUCAUCGUCGUGGGAGCCGGAUCGGCUGGUUCCGUUUUAGCGAAUCGUUUGUCGGAGAACAAAAGAUGGAAGGUUCUGUUGUUGGAAGCGGGAUACGCGCAAAACCUUCUCAAUCAGGUCCCACUCCUGGUCGGUUACUUCCAACUGACCGAUUAUAAUUGGGGAUAUCUGGUGGAGCCGCAGAAGAACGCCUGUCUGGGUAUGAUAAAUCGCCAAUGUUCCUGGCCGCGAGGUAAAGCCUUGGGUGGAACGAGUACCCUAAAUUAUAUGAUCCAUACACGCGGGAACAAGUUGGAUUAUGACAAAUGGGCCAGUUUGGGCAACGUGGGCUGGUCCUACAAAGAUGUUCUUCCGUAUUUUAAAAAAAGUGAACGAUUUAAGGUGCCAGAUAUCAAGGACUAUACAUAUCACAACGACAACGGUAACUUGUGUGUGGAGCACGUGCCAUAUCAUACGAAGCUAGCUACGACGUACCUAGAGGCUGGUCGAGAAUUGGGAUAUGAAAUUGUGGAUUACAAUGGCAAGGAUCAGAUAGGAUUCUCGUACAUUCAGGUAAACAUGGAUCAUGGAAAGCGAUGCAGCGCCGCCAAGGCUUAUCUUCACCUGGAUCGACCGAAUUUGGAGAUCGUCACCGGCGCCAGAGUGACCAAAGUGUUGAUCAAUGCAGACAAACGCGCGUACGGUGUCGAAUAUAUCAAGGACAACGUGUGGAAGAAGGUCACUUGCUCAAAAGAAGUCGUACUGUCAGCCGGCACGAUCGAUUCGGCCAAAUUGCUUAUGUUGUCAGGAAUUGGGCCAAGGGACCACUUAGAGGAAUUGAACAUCCCGGUGAUUCAGGACUCCAAAGUUGGUUACAACAUGUACGAACAUAUUGGUUUCCUGGGGCUGACUUUUAUGGUGAACCAGAGCGUGACGUUGCUGCAGAACAAGCUCCUAAAUCCCAACAUAUUCCUGGAAUAUUUCUUACACAAGGACGGCCUGAUGUCGGUUCCCGGAGGCGCCGAGUCUCUGGCGUUCAUCAGAACCAAAUACGCUCCCGACGAGAGACCGGAUGUCGAGUUGCUUUUCGCAUCCGGCUCUCUGCACUCGGACAACGGUAGCGUUUUGAAGACGGCCUUGAGAAUCACGGAUAAGGUGUACAACACCGUCUUCAGGCCUAUCGAAAAUCGGGACGCUUGGUCGAUCUGGCCGAUCGUUCAGUAUCCCAGAAGCGUCGGUCGUCUUACGUUGCAAUCUAAGGAUCCGUUUAAACCACCCAAGAUGGAUCCGAACUUCUUUGAUCACCCGGCUGACUUAGAGAUUGUCUUAGAAGGAGUGAAACACGCCAUUAACAUAUCCAAGACCGAAGCCUUUCAGGCUUACGGCAGUCAGUUGCACGACAUAAAACUACCAGGUUGCGAAUCAUUUGAGUUCGGUUCCGAUGAUUAUUGGCGUUGCGCGAUCAAGCAUCUACCGUCCAUGAUGAAUCAUGAGAUCGGAACCGCCAAAAUGGGACCGCGGACGGAUCCUAAUGCGGUUGUUGAUCCGCAACUGAGAGUUUACAGCAUCAAGGGACUUAGAGUGGUCGAUGCUGCGAUCAUGCCAACGAUACCAUCUGGUCAUGCAAAUGCGGUAAUUUAUAUGAUCGGCGAGAAAGGCGCGGAUAUGAUCAAGGAUACCUGGGAAGGCGCAUAAGAUUCUUUUUUUUUCUGCCAUCGAAAAAAUUAAAGUACUCGUUGCGCCCAGUUAGAUUGUGACGUCAGAGGCGAGAAAAUGCGCGCUGAAAAUUUUUGC